AAAUAGGAACAGAGCUGAAGAAAAUUAUCAUCUAUAAUUUUUAUGUUUCUCAAUCCGUCAUUUUCAAGAAUGAUUUAAAAAAUCAACUUCACGAAUUUUGGAAACUGCGCUUCGUAUAAUUUUGCAAGAGAAAGAGGCCUUUUUUGUGUCUUUUACACAAUAAUUAUGGAGCUUCGCAACCGAAAUCUACCUGAAAGUACAAAUAGCAGUCCGAAUAGUAGCAGCAGCAACCACCGUCAUCGGAAGUCUCCAAACUCUCCAAGCUCAAAGAGGCGAGACAAGCGAGGAAAAUCUGUAGAGGUUGAUUCUGAUCACAAGGCGGGAGUUCAUAAUAAUUCUGCCCCAUCAUCUCUAUAUUACACAGAGGACAUGAAAUCAUUACUUUCGGAGGCUAAAAAAUUCAAUGAAGGAAAACCUCAUGCAGAAAAGGAAAUUAAAAAAUCUAAAGAAGAAGAGGAUAAAACCAAAAAGACUCAAAAUUUCAUUCUCUUCUGGUUCUGGACGCAAUGGAACCGGACUAGCACGAUUAAAAAAAUAUUUUUUACUUUUACUGUGAUGUCAGUGAUCUUGGGAUUUAUUUUUUUAUUGAACUACUUAAAAGAGCCUGCACCAGAACCACCAAAGCUCACAUUUCAGCAGCAUAUGAACAAGUUAAUGAAAGAAUUCCCAAGUCAAAGAAAAGAAACUUGGUUUUCUUUGAUCGCUGGAGGACGAGACUUUUUGAACUCGACGGAGCCACAACGCCCUCUGGUCCUUUUCAUAAACGGUCAUCGAGAGACGCAGCAGUGCCUGGGGAGAAAGUUCAUCGACGCUGUUGGAAAAACACCACACGAGAUGAGUGCUGAAAGUUUGCGUGGAGGGGAGUACGGAGUACUCAUUGAAAAUCUGAAGGAAGUCCUGGAGAAAGACAAAGCUCUUCUCAUUGUGGGUCUGGAAAGGUUGGACCCAAAACUGGCCGCUGCCCUGCAUGUCGUGUGCGACCGAGAGUCUCCAAUUGUCAGCAGAGACUCGGUCGUGGUGCUGACGGCAGACAGGGCGCUCGAAGAAAUCAGCCAAAAUUGGAGCAGUGCCAUCGAGGAAGACAAACUGGUCGCCUUAAUCACCAGAAUAAUGAACCGAAUGGUCGAAGUCGUACCUGAAAAAUCCUUGCCAUGCUGAUCAAAAUGCACCGCAGCGCUGUGAUUUGCCGAUGCCUCUCGACGUCCAGCGUUUCCGAAGCGAAAAAAUUGCUGCUGAAAUACCCAGGAGGGAGGGUGGACGUCCAGAAAAAUGAAAGUGUAGGCAUCGCCACGGUGUGUUUGCAGCGACCAGACAAGAAAAAUGCCAUCAGUGGUCAAAUUUUAAUGGAGCUGGAUGCGGCGGCGGACACCCUGGCCAACUGGUCAUCAGGCAAAGCCUUCCUUCUCUACGGCACCAACAACUUUUUUUGCUCCGGCGGCGACUUGGCAAUGUCCCUCGGCACAGCCACCUAUGACGAAGGCCUCCUUCUGGCCAAAUUCGCCCAAUUUGUAUUUGGAAAACUGAAAAACCUUCCACUCGUGUCCGCCGCUUUCGUCGAAGGAGCUGCCCUUGGUGGCGGCGCCGAAAUGAGUGUGGCCGCCUGCGAUUGGAGACUGAUGGCUCCAGAUGCCAAAAUUGGUUUUGUCCACGCCAAGAUGGGCCUGAGUCCUGGCUGGGGAGGCACGACAGCCCUAACAGAACUUGUGGGGCCUUCCAGAGCUCUCGAAUUGACUUGUUCCGGCCGAUUAUUGACUUCCGAAGAAGCAAAAACUAUCGGAUUGGCGACGGAUUCUGUUUCGGACUUGGACGGCGCCUUCAAAUGGUUGGAAUCGAGAUCGGCAGGUCCGGUCGAAGUGAUUAGAGCUUGCAAAGAGGCCAUUCUUGAAGGCACUUUGGACGCAGAAGCACACAGACAUGCAACUUUGUGGGGCGGCGAGGCCAAAAUGGAAGCAUUGAGAAAGAAAAUAAAACACUUGAAAGUGACAUGAUAAAAUACAGCAUAAUUUAUUUUUCAUGGAGGCUGCUAGGCAAUGAAAUACAUUGUUUUAAAUUUUUUUGUUGGUUGCUGGUGUACCAUUUUAAGUUUAAUUACUUUUCAAGUAGUAUUAUGAAUGUGUGUGUGUGUGUAAGAGUUUCAUGUCUGCCGAGGAAAAUAAAAUCUACUCGUUUCUUUACGCGGAAUACAACAUUCAAAAAGAGGCACACACUUUUGUUCAUGCGUCAUCACAAAACGUGCGGUUGCUGGUUUCGCGUUGAAGGCCACCAGAGAGCUGCUUCAGAGAAUCAGAUAUUCGUGCAUUUUUGGAAAAUGGCCAAAAUUAUAAUAAGCAAAAUAUUGAAAAUAUCGUUCCAUCACAAACUGAGUUCUGUAUGUAUAGAUCUUACUACGUUAGAACGUACACAGUACAAAAGGAAAAUCAUAAAAGGGAAAGCAUACCAAGAAAUCAAAGAAGUUUUCUAACAAGAAACAAAAUCAACAUUUUUCCAACAAGUUGAACGUAAGGCCUUCAAGUCUGGGAAGAAAAGUUCCACCUAUAAAUUAUCACUUUUUCUUCUCAGCACAUUUUCUUGUUUACUUUUUGGUGUAUUAGAAAAAUUGGACAAGUUUGAUUUCAGCUAUAUAAUCGGUCGAGUUUCA